CCGUCCUGGUGUGUUUCCUGCGUGAAGGGAAGAAGCAAUCAUGAGAUAAUAAACUGCGUGUUAAAAUCACAAAUCCGGGGCACAGACGCGUCUAAACACGCAUGCAACAUGACCAACGUGUAUUCAUUCGACGGCAUCCUCAUCUUCGGCUUGCUCUUUGUUUGCACGUGUGCUUACUUGAAGAAAGUGCCGAAGCUGAAGAACUGGCUCCUAUCGGAAAAGAAAGGCAUCUGGGGGGUGUUUUACAAAGCUGCGGUGAUCGGAACGAGACUUCACGCCGUGGUCGCAUUGUCCUGCGUGGUGAUGGGCUUCUACGUCUUGUUUAUAAAAUGACCUUCAUGCAGGAUUCAGGGGCGCAGAACGGACAACAGACUGUGUGUGACGAGACCUGUGUGUGCAAGGCUGAGUUCCGGUUCUUCUUGGUGGUUAGAAGAGCCAGGUGACGAGGGAUCACCUUCUGACAAGGAAGAAUUCACUGCAGGGGAACGAUUUAAAUACUCGCGAUGUUCUCUUUUAAUGUACUGUUUUUUUCGGGGGUGGGCAGGGGCUGAUUUUGUUAUGUAUUUUCUUGAUUUCCUGAAGUAAUGCAUACUGGAACUCAUUACAGUUCCGCAUCUUCUGUGUUCCGCUGUUGUGAGGAGGUGCUGUUCUGUUCCGGUUGCCUGCUGUAGACGUAGUGUAGACCAGAUCGUCUCUGUUUCUUUUAUGUUGGUACCUUCUUGUGCACAGCAGUGUAUUGGCAGAAGCAACGCAGGUUAUGUGCAUCUUGAUUAGCUGUCCACAUAGUAGUGCCGCUGGCUCCUGCUGUAAUAUGUGUAGCAGCCAACUGGAACUGAAGAGCAGCUACUGAACUCGGAGGAAAGCACCUUCACACAGACGAAAUAGACACAAUAUUGGAGUCAUUGCAGUAAGGGUGAUGGUAGUGAAAAAGCUAGUGGGGAAUAUUAAAAAAAUAGGAACCUGUAAUUUGAAGUUACUGCACAGCGCACCAAGAUUAUAUUGUUCUCCUGUUAUAAUUUGACAAAUCCGUACAUCAACAGUUUCAGAGUGACGGAUAUCAGAACGCCGUUUCCUGCGUAACUGUCGGGUUCUAGUGUAAGUGCAGCGGGUACGAGAGACCAGCUUACUUACCGUCUGGAAAACGUGAUGUUUAAAAGAAGUGCCCACAGGGUUUCUGUUUGCCAACUCUGUACGGUUAAAUUGAUCUUAAAUAAAAAUUAAUGUCUGCCGGUAAAUGAGAAGAGCGAGAAAGAUGCCGUUAGUUAUUCUCCCAAUUCCAGUGUGCAUUACUGCCGUUCACUGUGUGUUUGUCAUGACCCAAACUGUCUUCAUUUUGAAAACACUAAUAUGUGAAAUACCAGAGCAAGCUGGGCUCGUUCCACGCUGCUGUGCUGACAGGGUGCAGGGUGUGAACGAGGAAGAAUGUCAUUUGAAAAGUGGUGGGUUCAGCAGGGUGUCUCAGGCAGGUGCACUCUGACCUCGAGCGUGUGCUGGGACGAUGUUAUUUAUCACGUGGCUGUGUUUAGAUUUUAGGGCUUGCUGUCUCAUGUAGCCGUGUUAAUACAGAUUGAGGGUGAUGUUUUCUUUAUUAAAUCAUUGAAAGAGUGUGCUUCA